UUACAUGUUCAUUUGAGUUAGCUUGACAGCUCUCAGUGAAAUUGUUGCUAAAUUAAGCCCUAUAUCACAGAUAAUAUUUAUAUUACGAAUGUGUUUCAUAAGCUACCGUUCAUUAACCGUUUACAAGAAGAACUAUAAAAACAUCUACAUAUUUGGGUUGCUUUGAUUUUAGCGAGAUUUCACGUAAUGGCUUCAACAACCUAACAUUAGCUAAGAGAGUUGCUAAUAAGUAAAAUGAACAAUACUUUUGACUUGUAGAGUAUUAUAGCUAUUUGUUAUCGCACCCGAUCACCACUGAAAAUCCAUGGAGUUUCUCCCAGUACUUGACCCACUUGAUAAACCCAAAGAAGGAAUAUGGUAUUCUUUGAUACCGAGGGGAAGUGCUCCGGGUGUUAGUGUGGGUCACACCUGCACGUUUAUUCCAUCUGAAGAUGGAGGAAAAGGAAGAAUCCUUAUUGUUGGAGGUGCCAAUCCCAGCGGCAGUUUCUCACAUUCACAUAUCAUAAAUCUAGAUAAUCAUGAAUGGGACAUCCCAGAAUGGGAGGGUUUGGAGUCACGCUAUGAACACUGCAGCUUUGUGCCAGAGAGCUGCCCUCAGAGCCUGUGGGUGUUUGGGGGGGCACAGCAGAGCGGCAAUCGCAAUUGUAUCCAGAAUUUACAGUUAACAGAUAGUGGGUCUCGCUGGAAGAAUGUAGGAGUGAAUGGCAAACCCCCCAGUCCCAGGACAUACCACACCAACUCAGCCAGCCUAGGGGACAGACUGUAUGUAAUUUCUGGUGGGGAAGCAGGAGCUACACCUGUCUCAGAUGCCAAUCUCCAUGUCUUUGAUACAGUGUCUUCCACCUGGUCCCAACCAGAAACACAAGGCAGACACCUGUCCGCCAGACAUGGCCACAUCAUCAUAGCAGUGGGUUCAAAGAUCUACAUUCAUGGAGGCAUGGCUGGAGACAAAUUUCACAAUGAUAUGUACACGCUUGACACAAGGAGCUUGAAAUUGGAGGAAGUGCAAGCCGAAGGAGACAUCCCACCAGGACUAGCAGCCCACUCAGCUGUGGCGCUGGGAAAGAACAUCUACAUUUUUGGGGGGAUGACUGCAGAUGGAGCCAGCAACUCCAUGUACAGAUUCAACACUGACAAAAGCAGAUGGGUCCUCAUGAAGUUUGAAGGGGAUAUGCCACCCAACCGCCUAGACCACUCCAUGUGUUUAUUGCCAUGGAAGGUGUGUGGUGAGGGGAAGGGAGAUGAGGAGCAAGCCAACAGCCCAGCAGCCUCAGAGACAAUCGAUCUGGUCUUUGUAUUUGGAGGGAUGGACACCCAGGGUGUCAUUUAUAAUGACUGUAUUAUGACUGUGGUGACAUGAUUUGCCUUCAUGUUACAGUAUUCAUCUAUCUACUUAAGUUGUAAUAAAAUGUUUGUAAAAUGUAAAAAUUUGUGUUAUUGGAAAGAGGGGAAUUUUAAACAAUGUUUAGCAAAUUUGGAGUUCUGGAGCAUAAAUCUGGAUGGUUGAAAUGUAAGGAAAGUUGAAAUGUUAAUCAUUUGUGCCAGUGAUUUUCCUUUUUUUUUUUUUUUUUUUUUUAAGUGUUGGACACAUUCAUAAGACAGUUGGUGGCCUAUGCCAAAGGUUGUAUCCUAAAACUGUAAUAAGAGACAAUCAAGUAACAUUUUGUAUCAAACAUUUAUUUCAAUGUCUUUCCAGAAGUACAAUGACCAGAUUCAAUAAAUAACUUUUGCUGUU